ACAAGCUAACCUCCUUAUCCUGGCCAAUGCAAUCCAAUAGGCUCGUUGCCACCCAGAGAGAGCGAGAGAGAGAGAGAGAGAGAGAGAGAGAGAGAGAAUCGAAGAAGAUGGCACUAAUCUCCAUGCGGAUCACCGUCGUAUCGUGGUGGGUGUUCCUCCUCGCGACGCCGGCCGCCGUGGUGGGAUCGUACGGCGAAGAUCCGCCGACCCCAGCGGCGUGGCCGGAGAGGUUCCACGCGCUGCUGUACAUGAACCUGAGCGACGGACGGCUGCAGAUGUCGGACUUGUGGUACGACUGGCCGGCGGGAAGGAACGUGAACCUGAUGCAGAAGCAGCUGGGGGUUCUGCUGCACGACGUGGAGUGGGACAACGGCACGUCCUUCUACUACACGCUGGGGCCCACCAGGUACUGCCGGACCACGCUAUUCCCGGUCGGGAUCCCCCGGCGGGACUUCAUGCUCGGUUCCACCUACCUCGGCCUGCGGUACACCGACGGAUUCCUGUGCCACCUCUGGGAGAAGGUCGACUUCAUCUGGUACUACGAGGAUGCCUCCACCCGCCGCCCCGUCCGAUGGGACUUCUACGACGGGAUAUCCACUCAUGUGAUGACGUUCGAGGUGGGUGUGACGCUGGAAGAGCCGCAGUGGCAGGCGCCCUCGUACUGCUUCACCGACGAUAGAGAUGGGGAGGACCCAUCACGGAAGACGGACGGCUCAGAAGGAGCGACCGCGAAUGACCUCCUACCUCACAGCCUUAGGAAACUUGUUUGAGACCGUCGGGUGCCAUGUCAUCGUGCCCUCUCGUUCUUGGCCAGGUUUCUACUUAAGCUUAUAUCAACCUAACUCAAGAAGUUUAAGACUAGGGAGUAAAGAGGACAUGAGAGAUUAUAUGUAUCUUAGAGAAUAUUUUUGCAUGAUUAUUAGAUGAUGAUGAUGAUGUGGAUAAUCAGGCUAAACAGUAGAAAUUCAGGAAUGCAUGAGGAAAAGAUAAUGUUCAUAUAUUUCAAAGAGAAUUGAGAUAAGAUACACUUAGGAGAGAUCGAUCUCACUGCUGGAGAAAUAACUUUUGAUCGAUUUCAAGCAUGAAGUAACCUUAUUGAAA